UUCAUGGCAAACACACGACCAAAAGUAUGCUUCAAUUUGUCAAUUGACUCAAGGUAACAGUGUCUUCUUCUUAGAGAGAGAAUGAGAGGUAGAGAGAGAGGGAGAGCGGACCGAUCCAGAGCUCGCGAGGGGCAGACGGCACGGAACUGGGAGCUUUCCAGAAAACAAAGAAGGAAUCGACAGGAGCGAGGUAAUGGGCACUCACGUAGAAGUUCAGGAAAAAGACAAGAGGCGUGGGGGUAUGACAAAAGGGUGUAUAACCAGGCUACUGUGUUCUUCUUUACAAACGUUCCUGAUGAAUGGAGUUAUGGAAGCAUGUGGGAGACUUUCCGCAAACAUGGCAGAGUUCUGGAUAUCUAUAGCCCACCGAGGAAAUCCAAAUCAGGGAAUAGAUUCAGGUUUGUAAGAUUCUUAGAUGUGAAGAAUGUGGGGGUUCUGGAACGUCAACUGGACCAAAUUAGAGUAGGGAUGACUAAGCUGUGGGUUAAUAGACCAAGAUUCAGCGAAACAAAGGAGAGGAGCAGAGAAGACAGAAAGCCAGUUGAGAAUGCUCACAUCAAACCAUGGAGAUCGUAUGCGGAAGUUGUAAAAGGAAAGUAUAGAAUGGAGGAAGAGCCAACGAAACAGACAAAGCAGGCAACAGUUGGAGGAGUUGAUCAACAGAAGCAGGUGAAGGAGGAAGAACUCACUUGGCUCGAAGGUUGUUAUGUCGGAACUACUCAUUCUGUGGAGCUCAUUCCUACACUACAGGAGAAAUUUUUCAUGGAAGGAUAUUUCUCUUGUAAGGUAAGACCAAUGGGGGGAAGACUUGUCUUACUUGAAGGGGGUGAUAAGGAGGAGAUGAAGGAUCUAGUAGAAUUAGCACCGGAAUGGCUGGGGCAAUGGUUUGAGGAUUUAAAACCAUGGAACCCAAAACUGGUUGCAAGAGAAAGGUUUGUAUGGCUAAGAUGCCAAGGCGUCCCAACCCAUGCUUGGGGACCUGAUUUCUUCGCCACAAUCGGGAACUUCAUCUCAAAAUCAAUGAAUAUAAGAGUGAAUGACAAGCCAUUUCUGAUCAAAGUAAUGGAGGAGGAGGCAACGAAUGGCAUCUUCUCCAUGACCUCGGACCAUGUUUUCAGAGAGUUAAUGGAUGCAGAUGACAGUAGCUUAGAAAGGUGGUCCUUGUUCAGCGAUAUGAAGGGCGUCGGUGAAGAGUCUAUCCAAGAUGGUGGAUGCUUUAGGCAGUCCUCCAAAUGUGCAGAUGGGAAGGUUGAAGAUGAUGACAAGGAUAGAAGAGCCAACAUGGAGAGCAAGAAUGAAAAGGUAGCUGACGUGGAAUCUGACUUGAGGAGUGCUGAAGAAGCCAUCAAGCAAUCAGAUAAUGAGUGUAUUGUUGCAGACAUCGGGAAUACUCUAGGACUUCUUAUCAACUCCCAAGAGGAAACGGCGGAGGAGGUAGGCUAUGUGUCCGAUAGCUUGUGUGAGCAUUUAAUGCAGUGCCAGGAACAUGAUUCAAAUAGAGGGAAGGGUGAAGUAAGCAGGCCAAACAAUCCAAGCCCAAGCAAAAAGCAAAGGCGCGAAAUGAGGCUUGGGCUGGACCUUAAAGCAUGCCUUGGGGGGGGAGAAAAAUGGGCCACAAAUUUAAGACCGGGAGCAACAAAAAAGAAGGAAGUUAGUAAAGUCAAAGGUGCUGGGGCGGAGAGAGAAAAAACAGAAGAUAAGAGUGUCAAUGAAGAGGAGGAACAGAGAGGUGACGGAAGCUUUGUCGGAGUGGAAAUUCACAGUGAAGAACAAUCCUUUUGGCAAGGGUUUGAAAGUGAAACAGGGCAAGUGAAAGCUUGGAUGGGUAGAACAGAGAGGAAGUCUAAAAAGCAGAGGAGAAAGAGGAUGAGAUCAUGCUCUUAUGUGUAUCAAAAAUCCAAAAGAGGGGAGUGUCCAGGGAGAGAGACGGAACAGAGCAAUUCAAGGAAAGCUCGAGAAAUAGAGGAGAGGAUGCCGAAUUUCAGCCCAGAUCCACAAUACCAGGAAGCAGAGGAAUCUAGGGGUUUGCAAAGAGAAUUGGUGUUGCCAAAAGAGAUAACGAGGAUGAGGUCUUGCGAAGGCUUGAAGUUAUGGAGGAGCGGGACAGGGAGAGGAGUAGGAAAGGAAGGCAAGAAAAGAGGGGUGAGAGAACUUGUUGCUCGGGAUAAGGUAGAUUUUUUAUCAGUACAAGAAUCCAAGGUAGAGGUCGUUGAUGCUCAACUAUGCAGAGCUCUAUGGGGAUCAAAUAGCUUUGAAUGGGUUGCUCAACCCUUUAAAGGUAUGGCUGGGGGAUUGAUCUAUAUUUGGAAUCCUGAGUUAUUGAAGAAGGAUAGAAUUAUAGAAGGGGAUAAUUUUAUUGGGAUUUUUGGGUUUUGGGGGGUGGCUAACACUCCCGUGUAUAUAAUAAACAUAUAUUCCCCGUGUGAUUUGGCUGGAAAAAGAGCUCUAUGGGCGGCUCUCAAAAUUCUUAUUCUUGAGAAUGGGGGGAAUUGGUGUUUAAUGGGAGACUUCAAUGCAGUGAGAAAUGAACAGGAAUGGAGAGGAGGGAGUAUUAGAAGGGAUAUGCCAGAGUUUGAUCAGUUUAUUAGUGAGUGUGGCUUAGUUGACCUUCCAUUAAUUGGUAGGAAGUUUACUUGGCACCAAACCAACGGAGCAGCGAUGAGUAGAUUGGAUAGAUUCUUGCUCUCAGAAGAAUGGUGCUUGAACUGGGAGGAUGUCAAACAAUGGGGCUUGAACUGCUCAUACUCUGAUCACUGCCCUAUUGUGUUAAAAAACCAGAUCAUUAAUUGGGGGCCAAAACCCUUUCGGUUCUUCGAUGCAUGGCUGGAAAUCAUUGAUUGGGGGCCAAAACCCUUUCGGUUCUUCGAUGCAUGGCUAGAAGUCCUUGAGUUUAAAAAGAUGGUGAGUGAAGUAUGGAGGUCAAAGAUGGUUUGUGGGUGGAAUGGGUUCCGGCUUAAGGAGAAAUUGAAAGAAACAAAGAAGGUGUUGAAAGCUUGGAGUAGGAACAUGGUGUUAGAGAUUGACAAGAGCAUACAAAGGAGCAUCGACUUUAUUGCUUCCAUUGACAAAAGAGGCGAAGUGAUGCCACUGUCUACAGAAGACAUUGAGCUGAGAAGGAUAAACUUUCUGGAAUUAUGGAACAACCAGAGGAUCAAGGAAAGCAUAUGGCGACAGAAAGCUAGAAAGACCUGGCUGGAGCGGCUGGAGGAAGUAAAGGAAAUUAAAGAAGGUGUGGCAAAGCACUUCGAAAGCUUGUUCCAAGAGGAAGAGUGGAAUCGCCCAGUGCUUGAUGGAAUUGAAUUUAAGAAGAUUUCAACAGAGGAGGGGUCAAUGCUAGAAGCACCAUUCAAGGAGGAAGAGGUUAAACAAGCAGUGUGGAGUUGUGACAGCUCAAAGGCGCCAGGGCCUGAUGGGUUUAACUUUAAAUUCAUCAAGGAAAUGUGGGAGGUAAUCAAAGGAGAUAUAAUGGGGUUUGUUGACGAUUUUCAAAAGCAUGGAAAACUGGUCAGAGGGGUUAAUAGCAGCUUCAUUGUAUUAAUACCCAAAGUCGACAACCCACAGAAAAUAGAAGAAUUUAGGCCCAUCUCACUAGUUGGUGUCAUGUACAAAAUAAUUGCCAAACUCCUAGCACAUAGGCUGUCUUCGAUUUUAAAUGGAGUGAUUGGGGAAAAUCAGAUGGCCUUCAUCGGAGGAAGGCAACUUGCAGAUAGUGUGGUCAUCGCAAACGAGACUAUUGAUGAGGCGCAAAAAAGGAAACAAGCAAGAUUUGUAAUUAAGCUUGACUUCGAAAAGGCGUAUGAUAAAGUAUGCUGGGCCUUCUUGGACUACAUGAUGCUGAGAUUGGGAUUUGGCCAAAAAUGGAGAGGGUCGAUGUCUGAAUGUUUGAAGACAGCGGAGGUAUCGGUGUUACUCAACGGGAGCGCCACCAGACAGUUUAGGAUGCAAAGAGGGCUCAGACAAGGAGACCCGUUAUCACCCUUCCUAUUCUUAAUUGUUGCGGAGGGUCUUAAUGGCAUAAUCAAAUCUGCAAUUUCACAUGGACUGUUUGAGGGAAUUACAGUUGGGCAAAGUGGAUUGAAAGUAACCCAUCUACAGUUCGCGGAUGAUACAAUCGUAUUUGGGAAAGCCUCAGAAGAAAACAUUUGGGCUGCAAAAUGUAUUAUGAGGAUUUUCGAGAUUGUGUCGAGGCUGAAGAUUAAUUUCGGAAAAAGCUUACUCAUGGGCAUAAAUGUCUCAAAUGACUGGAUGAAGAAGAUGUCUAUUAUUAUGAACUGCAAAACCAAGAGCAUUUCCCAAAUGGGUCACUGGAACAACGGGAGAUGGACCUGGUCACUUCAGUGGAGAAGAACCAUCUUUUCUUGGGAGGAAGAAUCAUUAUCGGAGAUGUGGGGUCUAUUAGAGGCAAACCAACCAACUUGUGGAAGUCAAGAUCGCUGGGAGUGGAGGCACAAUAAGGACAAUAGCAGAUACUCAGCGAAAUCUGGAUACCAGGUCCUCUCAAGUAAUCUAAACGAGAGAAGUAACGACAUUCACGAGAGAGUGUGGUGUAAGCAGGUUCCCUCAAAAAUCUGCGCUUUUGUGUGGAAAGUCUUAUAAAAUAGAAUCCCCUCAAAGUUGAAUUUGCUCAAGAGAGGUAUUAUCUCUGAUCCUAGUCUCGCUACAUGUAGUUUAUGCAAUGAGGGCAUGGAAGACAUAAAUCAUUUGUUCCUGC